UUUGUCAAGAUGAUAGGAAUGGUUGCGCUGCUGGGAUUUUAAUUUGGCCUUUUUUUCCCCUUUUUUUUCUUCUUUUUUUUUUUGAACGGAUGUUGUCUCCUUCUAGUUUCCGGUGUAACAUUAAAUUCUGUCCCCAAAAUGGCGAACGUAUCUGCUGCCAACGCCGCCGCUGCGGCCGCAGCUGCAGCCGCGAAUAGAGACCCAGCCGUUGACCGGUCACUACGAUCAGUGUUCGUGGGAAAUAUUCCGUAUGAAGCCACAGAAGAACAGCUGAAAGACAUCUUUUCUGAAGUCGGACUUGUUGUCAGCUUCAGGUUAGUGUAUGACAGGGAGACAGGAAAGCCAAAGGGAUAUGGCUUCUGUGAAUACCAAGACCAGGAGACUGCCCUCAGUGCCAUGCGAAACCUGAAUGGGAGAGAGUUUAGUGGUCGGGCUCUCCGUGUUGACAACGCAGCCAGUGAGAAGAACAAGGAAGAGCUGAAAAGUUUGGGAACAGGAGCCCCCAUUAUUGAGUCUCCUUAUGGAGACAGCGUCCAGCCAGAGGAGGCCCCAGAGUCCAUCAGCAGAGCAGUAGCCAGUCUGCCACCUGAGCAGAUGUUUGAACUCAUGAAACAGAUGAAGCUGUGUGUGCAAAACAGUCCUCAGGAGGCACGGAACAUGCUGCUGCAGAACCCUCAGCUGGCCUACGCUCUGCUGCAGGCCCAAGUGGUCAUGCGGAUUGUUGAUCCUGAGAUCGCCUUGAAAAUGCUCCAUCGUCAAACAACAGUCCAGCCUCUGAUUCCCAGUGGACAGGGUGGAGGAGCACCGACGGUCACUUCUCCACCUACACAGCCCACCGUGCCCGUGUCUCAGCCAGUGUCUCAACCUGUGCCCGGAAUGCAUGUCAAUGGAGCGCCCCAGAUGAUGCAGCCCCCUAACAUGGGAGUUGUCCCUGGACCCAUGCCUGUACCAGGACCUGGGCCUGGACCGGGACCAGUUGGACCUCCAGGACCAGGCGGUAUCCCUCCAAGAGGCCUACUGGGAGAUGGUCCCAAUGACCCCAGAGGAGGAACUCUGCUGUCUGUCACUGGAGAGGUCAUAGACCCCAACCGGGGUUACAUGGGACCUCCACCCCCCCACCAAGUUCCACCUGUACACAUGCCACAGAUGGGAGGUGCACCCCCUCCAGAUAUGAGGCCUCCAAUGGACAUGAGAGGCCCACCCAUGGGUGAACCGCGGAACAUGAUGGUUGACCCCAGAGCACCCCCCAUGAUGGAGCCACGGGGACCCCCUAUGGAAGCCAGAGGCCGUGAUCCAAGGGCGAUGGAUGCUCGUGUUCCAGUUACGGGUCAGAGGGUUCCCAUAGCACCAGGAAUGCAAGGCCCUGUCCCUCAUACAAUGGGUCCAAAUGCUCCUCCACCUGCAAGACCGGGUGCUGGUAUUUCUGGGGUUCCUCCAUCAGGAGGAGGCUUCAGUCCAGGUCAGAAUCAGGUUUCCACACAGGAUCAAGAGAAGGCUGCCCUCAUCAUGCAGGUCUUGCAGUUGACCCCAGAACAGAUCGCAAUGUUGCCACCGGAGCAGCGGCAGAGCAUUCUCAUCCUCAAAGAGCAGAUUCAGAAGACGGCGAGUGGGGCACCUUGAUGGUCUGACUGAUUAAGUACUGAAGAGUCAGAGCUUCUUUCUUUCCAGUCGCAAAUAAAACUUUAGUGUUAGAGUCAAAGGUUUUUUGAAAUGUUGUGACAUAGAGUGACAUUAUUCUUCUGACUUCUGUGCCCCCCCCUCCCUCAAUACAUCAUGUCAGAAUUUCCCGUCUGCCCCACUCAGACCAGGCUGCAAACAGUGUGAACACAUCUGAAGAUAUCCCAUCUUAGUCUGGAAUAUUGUACCUGUUAUUUGUUUUAAAUCAUAAUGUUUGUUUUGUGUGAGAGUAACAUUGAUUCACGUGGAUGCAAGAAAAAGUCACAUUUUUUGAUGGUGAUGAUGGCGAAUGUUCAACAUGUAUAAAAGCUAGAGCAAGAAUGUCACGUUUUUGUUUUUUCCCCUCCAAAAGCCAACUGUUGUUAUGUUGUAGCUGUUUUGUGAAUAAAACAACAAGAAUACA